GCCUCGUGUGUCAUUCACGCUGUCCGGGACAUGAUGACGUAAGAAGUGACAAGGAGUUACUUCCCCUGAUUAGGACAUUCCUACUUUCUCUUUCCUGCUCUGCCAGAAUCUUCUUUUCCAGCCAUCGCUCUUUUCAAGUUUAUUGAAAAUGUCUUUCCUGUCACUUAAAGCAGGAAUGCCUUCAAUAACGGGCAACGUGGAUAGUGACGAUGACGAGAUACCCCCUCCUGAGGUUUUUGCAAGAGGGGCAUUGCCACCUAGAAUCAGGAUGAGAAACAACUCGGUCCUUCAAAUGGCUAUUAGUGUUUAUGACAUCAGAGAAAAGAAUGCAGUUGUUCAAAGCAAAGAAGAAUAUGUGGACAUUGCUAUUGAUCCUACCACUGGUAUUCCAGACAAAAACAAAUUAGAUCUGGCUGCACGUUAUGGCCUGAAUGAAGAAUUUGUCUAUUCUUCCCCGAAUAAGGAUUGUUUAGUCCUACAUGACAACACAGACUUACUGAUAUUUUUUAUAAAUUUCCACAUGAAUCAGGAAGAGGAUUUUGCAUUUCCACUUGGUCAGUUUCCUCCAGUUCCGCAAUCAAGACACUCUGUAGGAUGUAUUGGUCUUGUUCCAAACACCUCCAUCGGUACACUGAAAACAGUCAUACGUGAUGAUAAACUGUUUAAUAAAGACAAAUUCCCAUGUCUGUUUCUUAAAGGAAAACGGUGUGAUGAAGAGUCAUCAAUGGUCGGUUCACACUUUACAAAUGGAGAUGUUGUUGCAUGUUAUGCCAAAUCAGAUGUGAUGAUACAAUGUUUCCAUAUGCCAAGGUUAAAUGUGGAACACAAGUAUGAGUUUGCAUGUUUCAAUACAGAUAAUGUUGGGGAGAUGAAACAAGCAUUCAAAAAAUCUUUCUGCAGUGAGUUUCCAGGCCUUGCUACUGGCAUUGAUGAUGUCUGGUUUUCUGUUGGCAAACAACUGUUGAAAGACGAAGAGUAUUUCUCCCUUAAUCAUCAGAGAAGAAGGCUAGUGUUACAGAUGGGACGGCUAGUUUUGCAUGUUAAACAAGCAAGUUCAUUUCCGCUUACAUUGAAAAUGAAUUCCCAUGAACAUUCAUCUCAGAUCAUGCUGAUCUCAGCUCCCGUCACGACAGCUGAACUCCGACAAGAAGUUUCGCUAUUGAUCAAACAGCCACCUAAUGCCCUGCAUCUGUACACACAAAAAAAGAAACUGAAAGAAAUGUUGUUAACGGAAUCUGUUGGUAUCCAUCCUAUGGGUGUAGUGUUGGUAAAGGUUGCAAAGAAAAUACAGGUCUUGGUCUCAUUGAAUUCUGAUGGAUCAACACAGAAAAUUGCUCUUCAACUGUUCAAGCUUGACUCUGUACUGCGACUAAAGGAGAUACUACAGGAGCAUGCAUAUGCAACAGUCUCACAGUUACAGUUGUUCUUCAAUCAAAAUGAACUUGAAAAUGAAAGGUUGAUGCAAGAUUACCGCAUAAGGGAAGAUGACAUCAUUUCUGCAUGUGUAUUUUCAAAGCCAGAAUUUAUCCUGGUGCGACAGCCUGGGAGGGAACCUCUUCACCUCACCAUUGAUGGAUUACAAUAUACCAUUGGGAGACUAAAGCAAUACCUUGCACAUGUACUGGGAUGCAGUUAUGUCAUGAUAAACAUGAUUCACAGAGGUAGAUGUCUUCCGGAUGAUGACACUUUAGAACACUGUGGACUUGUAUCUGGAAGCACUGUACUGAUCCCAAGACUUGCCAAACAAGAUCAGUCAACAAAUGAAAGAAUACUUGAAGUGUUUAUUUCGCAAGCAGAUGGCACUUUCCAAAAAGCAUUCGCCAAAGAAGCAGCAGGAAUUUUGUUUUAUGCUCCAGGGUCCGUCCAUUCUGACAGAUUUGAGAAACAUGCCAUGAAGAGCGUUGCUCAAGAUGAAGAUUAUCGACGGGGCAUCAUGUUACGGAGGUUGUGUGAAGGCAUCCACUCCGAGUCUUAUAAUCCCAAGCCCAUUCACAAGAGUGAACUGCUUCAUCAGCAUGGUUCUGGACCAUUAACAUCAACAUUUGAUUCUCUUGCAAAAAGGAUAAGCUCAUGUACUGAUCAAAGUCCACGUGUACGUGUACAUCCAGACAUAACUGGUUACCAUUCUAACCCAGAAUCACUUCCAUUGAAGAGAUUCACCUACUGUAAAGAGCUGAGCGAGCACAGUGGACGUUACUUUCUACGAGAAGAGUCAACAUUAGCUGUUUCCAAGUCUAAUGCUGAUGAAGUAUUUGCUCAUACUCCAAGUGUCAUGUCUCCAGUCAUGUCUGGUUCCCCGGAACAUGCGUUUCACAGGUUGCCAAGUCUACAGAGUCCUGUUGAAGCAAUUCGGGACACUGUACUACUUGCAGUUGCAAAAGAACUUGGCAAUGACUGGAAACAAGUUGCCCUGAUGCUGGGACUGGAAAACAGCGACAUUGUGGAUGUAGAAUACAGACACAGUGGUCAACUACGUGAGCAAGCAUUGCAGGCACUCAUACUGUGGAAAAAAAGAAAUUCUAGAAAUGCAACAAUUGCCAGCUUGAAAAACGCACUACAUGCUUGUCGUCUGGCUUCGAUUGCAGAUUCAAUUGAUGAGAGUAUCAAAUAUGAAACCGUUUAAGCCACUUAGAUGAAUAGCAGAAUUGCUUCUAGUCUGUGGUAUAUUUAGGUCUAAGUGGAUACUAGAAAAUGACUUGCAAUUUUUCCAAAAUUUAAUUACUUCAGUAAUAGUUGUAUUGUAAUAAUGGGAUAACUAACUGGGAACAAAUGACAAGUGGUAUGUGGAUAGAUAUUAUGACGCCAAUGAUCUUGAAGGUUGGUAGGGAUAAAAGUCGAAAUUUCACAGUUGAUGUUUUAGAUCGAAAAUGCACAAUAUUGCAACGAUUUGCCAAAGAUUAAUCUGUCAAUGAGACAUAUUGCAAGUGAGUAUCCCAUAGGCUAUUACAGGCACUCUAUCUUGCUCCUCUUGCAGCACUCGACCAAGUUCAGCCAAUUUCGCUUUAUGCCCUAAACAUGUUCAAGUGAGGAAAAGGUCCAGACUGCCCAUGCAUUGGCUAUGGUCCUUGGGUCCAUUUCACAAAGUUGUCGUCAGGCUACUACUAUUGCAUCUGUUACUAUGUGACAUGGACUAACGACAGUCUUAGUGCUUAGUUGUCAGUCUUGAAAUUACAUAUGUUUUACUUGCCAAACAUUCAGGAAACGUUAGAUAUAGCCUAUUCUUUCCUUUAAUAUGAAGAUGUGUAUUCCAUGUCAAUCCCAGUUUACCAUGAAACAUACUUUUAGACUGUGGAUACUGAAUUGGUGCGUUGAAUAUAUCAUAUGUUUCUACUAUACUGAAUUGGUGUGUUGAAUAUAUCAUAUGUUUCUACUAUAAAACAUGUUACUAAGUUCACGGAUAAAAAAUGCUAUCGGUUUUAUUUAAAGAAAUUGAUCUUUAUGACAACUAUAGAUUUGAGCAAAAUUGUCAUUUUUUAAAUUUACUAUACAAUAACUGAUAUGUUGUAUGAUAUUUGAUGUUAUACUUUUACGAUUGCUUUUCAUGUACAUAUUAUGAAUUUAUGGUAACUGGUUCUACCUGCGAAUAGCAGGGAAGUUGAUGAUGCAAUGUAAAGAAAUAUUUAUUAAUUCACUUCUAAGAUGCUAUCUGUCAUUUGAGGAGCCAUUUAGUUCUCUUUCUCACCUGCCGCCCUCAUGCAUUCUGCAUUGAAUUUUGAAUUUUCAGUAAGGGUCUCGUAGCUUCUAUUUUCAGCAAAUAUUAUAUAUCUAAUUUAAAUAGUUGGCAGUCUACUCUUUUUUUCUUUUUUUAUAACAGUUAUUGAGCUCAUGGCAUUGAAACAUAACCUGCCAAUAUAUAUUUACAUAUUUUCUUUUGAAUUGAUUAAACUACAUUCAUUCUGCAUGAACUCAUCUAAAGGGCGGUAUCUUCUGUCUAACCAUCUGUACACCCAUCAAGUAAAUUCAAUAAAAAUGGGUGGGAACUACUUUCAGUGUUUACGAACAUGGCGUCGCCCAUGUCAAUAUGGGUGAUAGUGACAACGUCUUGAUGCUUAAUGUUCCCGACGUCUUAUUUUGGAGUAGCAUACCUAAGAACAGAGACCCAUUACAGGUGUGGGCAGCAUUGGAAACCUAGGCAUUAGUCUCUUCCCUUUUGUAUUUCUCGAACCUGUUAGAAUCCGUCUUCAGCAACCUAUGCUUGUAAGAGUUGACGAACGAGAUCAGGUGGUCAGGCUCGCUGACUUGAUGCACGCCAUAUAAUCCCAGUUGUGGAGAUGUUAACUGGAUUGUCUGGUCAAGAAUCGAUUUCCAAAAGACCGCGGUCAUGUGCCUGGAAAAUUGCUUAGAAAACAAAAACGAAAAAACUUUAUUCGGAGAAGCAAACAUGGGAAAAUAUUGUCUCAUUUUAUAGUGCUGAUAACUAUGGUUGUAUGAUGUUAAUGAGUGCGGUCAUGUUUAUUAAGAUUCUGGCAUACAAUCCUCACAAACAUCACAUAACUAUCAAUAGCCGAGCACAGUGUUAAUAUAUGGUGAAACCUAGGACAACUGCAAUGAUAUCCCCGACCCUCGUCUUCCCUGACUGUAUCAGAUGUUGAAUAUGCUGAAUAUGCUAGUCAGAUCAAAGGCUAAAUUGAUAGAACAGGGCGAAAAACCAACAAAAUACUUUUUGAAGCUUGAAGCCAGAAUUUUUAAAAAUAAAUCCUUUGUAGAAUUAGAAAAAGGUGAUGGAACAGUGCUAAAUGACCUUGGCACUUUAUCAAAAGAGGUGAAAUCUUUUUAUGAAAAACUAUAUACACAACAAGAUGUAAGUCCUAUAGAUCUAGGUGAACUUUUAAAAGAUAUUACCAUACAAAAACUAAGUCACGAACAAACAACUAGUAUGGAAGGCGAAUUAACAAGAGGUGAAGUCUUGACAGCCUUAAAAAAUAUGAAAAAUGAUAAAAGCCCAGUUCCUGACGGUUUUACAGCCGAAAUUUAAAUUUUUGGGGGGAAUGAUCUUGGCGAAUUCUUGAUUAAAUCUCCGAAUUUUUCUUUUCGAACUGGGAAUAUAUCUGUCUCCCAGAAACAGGGACUUAUAACAUGUAUUCCUAAAGGAAAUAAGCCCAAAAGGUUUUUAAAGAAGUGGCGACCCAUUUCGCUUCUAAAUAUCUCAUAUAAAAUUGCUGCUGCAGCCUGCAGCCAUUGCCAACAGAAUUAAGCCUAUUCUUCCAAGUAUCAUCAGUGAAGACCAAAAGGGCUUUAUCAUUGGAAGAUACAAAGGAGAAGUAACUAGACUAAUUUAUGACCUGAUGCAACAUACCGAAACAUAUCAAAUCCUGGACUACUCCUAUUGAUUGACUUUGAGAAAGCUUUUGACUCGGUUGACUUGAAAUAUAUUCUCAAUUUCUAUCACUUUGGACCAGAUUUGAUUCAAUGGGUAAACCUUUUCUAUCAUGAUAUUGAAUCCAGUGUAUUGGUUAAUGACUUUGCAUCACCCUUCUUUAAAAUAACCCGGGGCUGUCGUCAAGGGGAUCCUCUAUAGCCAUAUAUUUCUUUGGUUUGUGUAGACAUUUUGGCCUUAAUGAUAAAAAAUAAUAAGUAUAUAAGAGGAAUAAAAAUUGAUAAUAUUGAAUACAUUAUGUCACAAUUUGCUGAUGAUACGACGAUGACACUGGAUGGUUCUGAAAGAUGUCUUUAUGCUGCUUUAAAUACAUUACAAUUCUUUGCAAGAUUCUCUGGGCUAAAAAUUAAUAUUGAAAAAAAAGCUAAUUUGGAUAGGAUACAAAAAGAGAUCAAGACUAAAAUUAUGCAAAGACUGGAAUUUCGACUGGCCUCAUACUGAAUUUACACUUUUAGGUAUUCAUUUUGACAUAGAUUUAGAAAGUAUGGUUGAAAACAACCCCGUCUGGAAUGUCAGUGACGUAACGUUGUCCAUUCAGAUUAUGCCUGAGCGUCACAACGUCAACUUUACAGUCAUGUUAGGGACACUCCGACACAAUCGAUGAAUCCCCGUUAAACGGUGUGUGGUCCAUGAUAUUCCGUUGUGCAUAUGCAUUGUUUCUGUGUCAAACACAGGCUCGGCAAUCAGUCUUAUACAAACGAAAUCGACUUUCGUCCGACCAGUGGACCCUUCUCUUGACGUCAAAUCCCAGUGACGUCGAUCUUGACAUCAAGUCAGUCGUGUUGCGUUGUGUCCUGGGGAUAACAAUGGACAUCUGGCUCAAAACCCGGCCGAUUUUAGAGUAUUGCGGACCGUACUGUGGGACAAACGACUAUGAGGGCGCCUUUGACACGAGUGGAUGAAGCCUUGUGAUUCUGAUAAAGGCUUUACCCUCCUCACUAUUUGUCACGUGUGGUUGCCCAAAAUGUCGAGAGUCAUGUCGAUUCCAAACACGAGCUCGGCCAUCAGUCAUUCCAGUUAGCUUGAAACGAUUUUAUCGAUAUUGAUAUUGUACCUGUCUCGUGUGAUGUACUGACAUUCUAGAUAAUUUCAUAUCUUCGUAAAGACUCAGCCUUCACUAGGAUCGUUUUUCGACAAACGUUACCCAUAUGUACACAAUCCUGUGUAGAUAUUAUAAAUCGUGUGUGACUAAACUCGAGUUCUGACCCGGAUCUUCGGGGUUUUGAACAUUGAACAAUUUGGAAAGAAUGUUUAAAACUCACGACAAUGACCAUACUUUAUUAACAUAUGUUUAUUACAACAAUAGAUUCACAAAUUCAAAUCCUCCCUGAACUGAAACUGUUUCCAGAGUCGUCGAAGUAAACGAAAACACACAAAGCAUGAACGCCUCGUCAAGCGUAGUCACUUGCUUCACCAUAUAAUGACACUGUCUCAUCACAAAGGUUCCCGACAAGCGGGGCCCUGUUUAACAUCACUGCAUUGCAACAUGUAUAUUGUAGUGGAUUCAAAGCUGUAUUUUGAUGUAUAAUAAAGUUACAUGCACA